AUGGCGGCGGUAUUCAAACCAAUGGUUCGAUGGGCUCAAAGCAAAGAAAGACUGUUUUUAACGCUAGAGCUUACAGAUGUUCAGGUUUGCUGCAUGGAGAAAUAAAACGUUGUAUUUUUGUUCUGAUUGUGACCUUUUGGUUUGUUUUUUAUGUUAUUUAAUAGUACCCUGCUGUUGAGUUGACAAGUACUCGUCUGGUGUUUCAAGGUAAGCUCAUAACAAUUACGUUACUUUGACUUUUUUUUAUUUACGUUAUUCUGUUUUAUCACUUAAGCGACAUGAUUUUUCCUAAAUCUGAAUUUAACUGUAUAUAAAAAAGUAGACUAGUCUAUAACUAUAACCCAAUAACGACCGGUUGCAUUUAAUUUCAGUCCAAUUCGUUUUGUUGUAAUAUUUUUUUGCAGGUUUUGGACGCGGUGCAAGGGGAGAGCAACAGUACCAUGUAGACAUCAAUUUUUACAAACCUGUCGAUAUCACGGUAUACCUUAUUUCACUGAGUACAAUGUUUUGUUACUUUAAACAAUAAAAUGUACAACUGACACUUUUUAAGACUGACACCUUUUCAGUGGAAACUUGUUAAAUUGGUCUCCACCUGCAUUUCCAUCUAGAUCCUUAAUUACCAUAAAUGUUUAAAUAAAUGUCCAUAUUUCUAUAAUAACAGUUACUGCCCAAUGUCAAAUCGACAUCCCUCGAAAUUUCAAUUUGGUUUUAAAAAAUAAGGGAUAUAGAAUGGUUCCUUGAAAAACGUGGGUCUAGGAAAAUUUUUGCCAGAUCUCUAAAUCUUGGAAGUGCUUGUGAUAGGUCUCAAAGUCUUGUUUUUGGAUGAUUUUGCAUCUUGGAGUCUCGAGUUCUUUUAAAUCUCAGUCCUGAAUUUUGAAACGGGCAUUGCGCAGUCUUGCAAAGUCUCAAAUUUACCAUUCUAUACCUCUAAAAUUCUUAUGUCUAAUAUUUUUGUUGCCCCCUUAGCCUGUUCCAGGUGUUCAGAUAGUUGGGAGCAGUGCAAAGUAAAAUAAGCAAGGAAAAAUAGAGGGGGGACUAAAACUUCACCACAGCUGACCAUUGAUUCCGAGAUUGUUUAGGUUAAUAAAAACAUCUCUUGACUGAUGACCAUCUGGACAUUGACUCUGACACUAAAGACUAUGCUCAGCUAUUACACUCAGACAUGUAAUUCCUGUUUUGAAUUUUCUUCAAGAUUAUGACCAGAACUAUGUACCUUACAGAACCUUGUAAAACCUGGAAAAGGGGCUAACAGUAAGAAACUAAGAAGAAAUAGCAGUCAUAAAACAAAUUGAAAAGAAAAGGAAAAAUUAUGUGGCUUUGCAGGAUCUCUAACCCAGAAUUGAAAGCAUAAGUUUUACCAUUUGUCAGAAAAUAGCCAUCUAUCUAAUGAGAACAAAAGUAUCCUAUUUGAGAAAACUGACUUCAUGUAAACCCACUGUUUGAAAAACAAACAUAUAUUUUCUUACAUGGGUGGAAUUCAAAAUAUAUGGCGAAACAAAGUUACAACGUGACUAGUGGAAACAUAAAAUUUGGCAUACCUCAGGGAAAGGGCCAAAUAAGUUUAUUGGCAUGGUCUUGUUUGUUGUUUGGUUUGUUGCUAGGGAACUGGCAGACACCAACCUGAUAUAUUAUAGGUAACCCAAGCUUCCACUGCCCUAGGCAAUCCAUGUAUGAGACGAAUUCUGUCAAAUUUAUAAACCUCUCUAAACUCAAGCUUUCAGCCCUGACCUUGCAAGGGACCAAAAUGUAGUAGUUGAAGUGAAUGUUGUAAAAGUUAAAUGAAUGCCUCUCUUUUGAAUCACACCUACCAGUAUUAUCUAAUAAGCACCCAUGGUAUAAACUUUACGCACAUUUUUAGCAGCUGUGAAUUGACAUCUCUCCCUUUCACAUUUGCCCCCUUACACUGCCACAUUUCUCUUUCUCCUCCCUCCCUUACCCUGUCCUUUUGCAAUUCCAACUCAUUCAAGCAUGGUCCCAUAUCUCCAUUUUUUAUUAAGGUAGUGUGAAUUUAAAGAGACUGUUCAGUGUUGCAAAUAGUAUGCUGUUAGUUGUCUGCAGGUGAUAGUAAGAGAUGUAUAAAUAUCAUGAAUAAAAAAUAUAUAAAUAUUAUUCCUUAGUCUAAUAGAUGAGAAAUUCAUCUGCCUAAAGUAAAAUCCACUUUUGGCCAGUCUACUCUUAAUUCACAAGAGCAAAAGAUUGGAACAAUUGAGUUGCCCAAUGAAUUAUGGGCUGAUGGCCUAAAUUACAUAGGAUCUUUCAAAGCAAAGGCAUUUGCAUAUUUGCCAGAACUAGUCAAAACAUAGCAAAAAAUGUAGAUUUGAGAUCAAUUUGUUAUUUUAACAUCUUUAAUUUUAUAUAUUGUAAAUAUUAGUCUUUCCACUUUUUUACCAUGUACUAUUCUUUUUAAUCUUGAAAUAUUUUAUUACUGCACACAGGUUUAGACCAGCUACAUUUUCAUACUCAGCUGAUCUAUUUUUUUGCAAUAAUUAUAAAUAAAGUAUCUAAUUAAUUCAAUUUAGUAAUAAACUGGAAGAAUUUACCCAAUUUUAGAACUUUAUGGAAUAGUCUCUAUCAUUUCCUGACUUGUAUUAAUAUUCAUUUAUGAUAAUAUACUGUGCUAGGCAAGUAACCACAAAGUCCUGGACCGUUAUGUAGAGUUUUCCAUUGCAAAGCAGGCAGGCCAGCAUGGUAAGCAGCUUAUAAACUAACAGCUCACAUUUUCAGAAGUUAAGAAUUCCCUUUUAGGAGGCCUUUCUUUCUUUUCUUUUUUCUUACAGAAUAGAAGAUUGCAAGGUAUUGCUAUCCUCAUGUAUAAGGUUAACCACAAUUAACUAUGUCUCAUGAAAAUAUCCAGGCUCUUUUAUAUGCAUUGUACACCUUAAAACCUGAGAGUAGCAGAGUUCGCCAUCCCCAUUUUCAAGACCAAGAAAUAUGGAAAACACUCGCUCACUUAUUUGGGACUAUAAGUUGUGGAAUAGACUAGCUACUGGCAUGGGCAAAAUUAGGACCAUCUUUGAAGGAUUCUAAACAUCGUAUUUGGAAAUGUGAUUUAAGUGCGAUGGUAGAAGAUGAUAAUUGCACAAACUGCAUUCAUUGUAACUCCUAACAGAAUGAAAUAUUCCAGACUGGCUUUCUAUUUUAGUUAGUUUUUUAGGUCUUUUAACUAGGCUUUUAGUACCGAAUCGUUAGUAGGCUUUUUGAUCAUGUAUUAGUUAAUAGGUUUUCUUAUUGUUAAGCAUCCCCGAUUAGUAGAGGGGUAUUACCCUAGGCUAGCUACAUUGACAUGUUAAUAAAGUUUUUGAUUGAUUGAUUUUUGUGCUUUUAAGAGUUUUGGCCGCGGUUAAUUGUGGAUGAGCAGAAACCAGCAUGGUUAAAAGUGAACUUUGAUCGAUGGCAAAGUGAAGAUGCUUCAGAAAGUGAAAAAGAGGAAGAAGAACAGAAAGCCAAACUAGAGGUAAGGAAAUUCCAUGUAAUUGUCCAUAAAUUUCAAUUUCUUGUUUGUAACUUAGUUCUUUAAAUUGUUUUACUGAAUUCCUCCAGUCGAAUCAUGUCAGCCUCAUUAAUGAGUUGAUUUGUAGAGUUUAAGAUUAAUUUGAUCAUAAAGCUGAUAAAAUUAAAUGAGCAACAAAAAGAAAAUCUUGACGGUACUCACAAGUUUCAUUCUCUUUCAGGAUUUACUGGCUCAAAGUAAAGCAAUGGAAGCAGAUCUGGAUAAUGAGAUUGAGAAAACAAAACAAGAAGGUGCAUGUACAUUUUAUAUACACUUGCAAAGUUAUUACACAAAAAAACUUAAGUCUUGAAUACCGGUAUUAAUUCGCUUACACUACGUCAUGUCAAUCUCUCAGCUCAUAUCGUCAGGAGCCAUAGGGCAAAGUAAACACUUGUUUUAAAAUUUUUUGUUUACUGAUAAGAUUGCUAUUUCAGUUUUCAGAUUCAUUCGAACAUUCUACCUUGUUUUGUACAACCUGUUGCAAGCAGGAUUGUAUAUUUACAUCACCUCAGUUCUUUUAUCAAGAUUAGUGUUUCUUAGAACAGGUACUUGAAAAACAAUUACUGAAUGAUUUACUUACUGUUUGCUAUUUGUAGUGACCACUAUCACAGUAAAGACUGAGCAAGCCAAGUUAGAAUAUUUUUGCAAUAAAAUAAAUUGUUACGUUUAUAUGGUCAAACCUCUACUAGUCUAGUGGCCAUCUCUCUACAGCCAGUUUGUUCUCCAGAAAAUGUGUAGUAAAGGGAGAAAAAAUUAAACUGUGUGGCAAUAGAUUAGUUCAAAGGAGUGGAAAGCCUUUCAUGCUACUUACCUGGCACACCUAGAGUUUGGAGUUAGGUAUGGCCAUGGGUUGCACCAUCAUAUUUCACGUUUGUUUUUAUUGAAAAAAGUGUUAAGAAACAAUUACCACCAAUUUAUUAGCCUCUUAAAAAAUGAAAUAUUUUGUGUGAGUAGUCAAUGUUUCUGUGGCGACUAUACACACAAUUUUUGCCAACUGCCGGAGCUUCUGGGUGCUCAGACAUAAAUUCAUGCUUGUUUUUGAUGAUAAUUACACGAAACAAAACAAAAUGUUUACAUAUAAAAUGUUUACCUAUAAAAUUUCAUUAAAUUGUUUACUACUUGUUGUCUUGACUUGAUCUCUGAUUGAUUCAUCACUGAUUUCUACUGCUCAGUCUGCUUUGAUCAUUUUAACAGCUGCUUUUCCAUCACAUCUUUUCUUUUAAACUUAUCAUUAGGUGCCUUCCCAGUAGCUUAUGAUGCAGUUAGUGAUGUAUUAGCCUCAUGUCAGCUGGCUGCAUUCUUGGAAGUUGUUCAUCCUUUAAUAGGCAUUGUAAAAACAGGAGUAAUGGCUCCAUUCAUGCAGGUAUGUAUCGUGACAAUCAAAAGUUAGUUAUUUAUAAACUCAUGUCUAAUCUGUACUUGAUCCAUAUGGUAAGUAAAGUAAUAAUUAUAAAGAACUUUAGUAUUGACGGUAUUUUAAUCAUGUAUAGAACACAUCCCAAGCUUGUAAUUGGUAAGCAAAGGUCAAACAUCAUUGACAGUUGUCAUAUUCAAGCCAUUAAGUUUCAAUAAAACAACAUUAUUAAAGGAGGCAGAGAAUAGUCUACUAGCUGACGAUAUACCAAGUGAAUAGUCAGUCUUGAGUUAUGUCACAAAGAACACAACAAUGAUCCCUAGCCCUCACACAAUAACGUAAUAAACUUCACACAAUAGAGUGAAACAAUAUUAUAGUGCAAAUAUAUUAUCUUGACGUCAGGUAUAUCACACAUCACCCAGCCAGUCCAACCUUUCACCCUGAGACCAUAAGUUAUGAGAGAAAGAUUUAAAGCCAUUUUUUAUGGCCCUAACAAACCUUUCUCUCUAAUUUAGAGCACUAUCAAAAUAAAUAAGCAAGCCAAAUGUAUGAAUACAGUAGCAUCGUUUAUGAACCACCGUACUUUAUUUUCAGAGCUUUCAAUAAUUCACUGCUUACCACACUGUAUAGCAGGCUGGUUUUUUGUGUUUUUUUUUCUUUUGCAUUUGUAAAACAAGAGAUACAGCUGAGUGAAAACUGAGGUCACAUGAGAAAACAAUGGGGGAUGCCUGAGUGGGGGCAAGGUAAAAAAUUCUUUCUGUUUUUUUCUUUCCCUCACCUCCUCCCUCAUUGUUUUCACACUUGACCUUGGUUCAGCCUUUGCAAGUCUGUAUCUCUUACUUUACAAAACACAACCAAAAAACACCCCAAAAAGACCAGAAUUCAUCCACCUGAUCUUUGCUAUAAAAUUAUAUCAGUGUUGAAGUAUUCAUUAUUACAUAAAGUGUAAUAUUGCAUUUGUCUUUGAUCUUUGUUCAUUGGUAGUAGGGAGGUGGUAGUAGGGAGUUUGAAACCAGGUGAUCAGGUAAAACUUUAGAAUUAUUGUUUUAUUUUAUCACAGCUAUUUCAACUAUUUGUUUAGUUACCCGUUUGAUUAUAUAAACACCAAUGAAAUACCAGGUGAGCUUUCGCACGAAAAAUUGAUAUCUUCACAUGUGAAAUAACAUGUUAUCUUCACAUGUGAAAAGAUCACGUUUGCUAUGGCUACAUAAUAAAUUGCGCCUUUCACACCAAAAAAAUAUUAAAGUGAAAUGGUUUUGGUAGUUCAUUGGUGUUUAUAUAAUAAAUAGAACAUUUACAUGGCCGCUUGGAGAUACGAAAUUUCUCUUCUCUUGUUGAAAAAAUAUUUCACUCGUUCGCUGCGCUCACUCAUGAAAUAUUUUUCAACACUCGAGGAGAAAUUUCGUAUCUCCACACGGCCAUGUAAUAUUCUCUAUUUAUCGAUCAUCAUAACUGGUCAUUUAUUUUUCCUUAUACAUUUGUUUAUCUAUUUAUUUUGUUAGUUUAAAAAAAUCGACUUAUGUUACUAAAGGUGUCAUCAACCAAAAAUUUUUAACAAAACACAACUUUGUUAAGACAAAAUCCACCAGUAAAUUGAGUAAUUUUAAUUUUCAGUGGACAAAAACCUUGUACCAGAAUAAUUUAAAGAAUAUUGCAUUCUUUUUUUAUAUUAAUUUUUUCAAGGGCUUAACAUGUAAUAAAUCAUCUGCAGUAACACCAAAGAAAAUUUCUCAUGGAAGUCCAAGAAAAUGAAUGUCAAAUUGUGAUUACACAGUUAAAAUUCUGAAAAUUUCAUGUGUAAGAUGUAAUAUUGCUGUGAAAUUUGACAUUCAUUUUCUCGGGCUCCGAUGAGAAAUUUGUUUUGGUGUCACUACAGAUGAUUUAUUACAUCUUUAGCCCUUGAAAAAUGUAAAAGAGGUUAUAAUAAAAUAUGCUUUAAAUUAUUCUGGUACAAGAUUUUUGUCCACUGAAAAUCAAAAUUACUCACUGUCCUUGUGGAUUCCGUCUUAAAUUCUUGCUAGUGUAAAUUAUUGCAUUUUAAUUUGCAGGUAUUUGGUAGAAACUUGGUUCUUUUUUUGGUUGUUGUACCAAAUGAGGAGCUUCACAAGCAGGCUACAGUAUUUAGUCUGUUCUUUGUGUGGUCUCUUAUUGAAGUCAUCAGGUACCCAAAAUGCAGGCAACAAUAUGGCAUUUAAUUAAUAAUAUUUGGACAUUUAAUGCAACUUGGACUACUGCAAGCACAAUUUGAUAUUUUCAGUGUGUAUGUUGUUACAAUCAUUAUAUUAAUAUUUUGUGACAACAUUUUUGUCACAUAGUGAGGGUGUUUCAUGUUGUUGUAAAAACCAUCACUCGUUCUCUUUUGUGUUGUGCUGUGGGUAUUGUUCAGUGUAUGUGCCAGCAAGAACAGGAAACCACUGGCCUACAGUGCAUGCUACAAUGUAGUUUGUUUUUACGGGCAGCAAGAGUGCAAAAAAAGCUCUAAAAGGUGCUCUUAAGUUCUUUCCUUGGAUUUUACUUUGAGCAACUCAUCUUUAGAGAUGACCAUGUUGUCAGUAGUCCCUAGUUCGACUGUAUACAUCCACUUAGUGUAGGUGUCAAGGGGUAACAGGCUGAGUGAUCUUUAUUGUUGUGAACAUUAAUUUGAAAACCAAUAUUUUUUGGGAAAAUCAUUCAAGAAUGAAAUGUUACCUUGUUGAAUAAAAAUGGAAAUUUAAUUGGGAAUGUUAGUGCCUAUCAUAGGCCUUUAUGGUACUUUGUGUAACAUUUUAGCCAUGAAGUUGGCUUAUGCAGAAGAAACAACCCCUUGCUAUAAGUUUUGUCUUAGUAAUUUAUAAUAUAAACCUCCUCCCUGGCCUCUUAAAGUCAUCAAAAAAGCACCUUGCUGUGAUUACCAAAUUUGUGUAUCAAAAGAAAAGCGAAAAGGAUUCUGGUCUUAGUGGUAAAAUGGCGCCAUCAUGCAAACGGCCUAUUUAAUUUAAAUAAACAGUGAAUAUCCCCAUAUGAAAAAAAGGUUUGUUACUCUUGCUUGCGUAAACAGCGAGACUCAUAAUCUGCAACGCAUUUUCGAAUUUUUGUUUGAAUUUUAUACAUAAAUAGGGGGUCAUUGUGCUAGACAUUCCUAGCAGAGACCGUGGAAACUGGGACUAAGAAUCGUUGGAUGAUCGAAGCCACACAUGUUUAGCCUGGUUAGCUCAGUUGGGAGAGCGCCGGUCUGCUGAGCGGGAGGUCGCGAGUUCGAAUCCUGGCCAGACCAACACUCAGGGUCUUAUAAAAAUAACUGAGGAGAAAGUGCUGUCUUUGUAAUGACAUCUGCAAAUGAUUAGACUUUCAAGUCUUCUCGGAUAAGUACGAUAAACCGGAGGUCCCGUCUCACAAACCUUGUUCACAUAUAACUCUGUGGGACGUUAAAGAACCCACACACUAUUCGAAAAGAGUAGGGGAGGUAGUUCCCGGUGUUGUGGUCUAUCUUCAUCACUAACCAUCAUCACUCAUCAUGGGUUGGGAGGGUUCAGUGGGCUCAUAAAUGGACUGAUAGCGGCUGCCAUCGGCGCCCUUAGUAUGCUGAUGUCCGAGCCCACUGCAAAAAGCUAUGUAAAGAGGACAUGUAUGUUUGUCCUCUCAAUCGCGACAUUGACAUUGACAUUGAGGAAAGAUUAAAUUUAGAGCUUUUCUGAAACGUGUUGGUCCACGAAUUCUAUGGCUUUAAAGCGUUGAUUACUUUGGAACAAGUGAACACUACUGAGAAGUUGAAAAAAAAAUCUUACUUAGCAAAACUGCGAUGGUCGGGACUGUUGUAAACUUUCAUUGUAUGCAAAUGGGUUUUGUGAUGAGAAUGCGGCUUAUUUUCGGCGAUGAUUGAAAUGACGUGCCAUGUAAAUCACUUUUUUGAUCUCUGGCAAUGAUGUAAUUUCUCUGAAAUCGAAGCCCUUGAAUUUUCGUGUAUUUAUACACACGUAUAGCCUGCGACCGCACACAUAUUUUCAGUCGUCACUAACAUGUGUACUAAAUCAGUUCAGAAACAAGUAAAGAGCAUCAACAUUGAUAAAGUAGGAGGAAAAUCCUGUUUCGUGUAGAAUUAAUUUUUUCCUGAUUUCUCGAUCUAAUCUCCAAGCAAGAGAGACUGAAUGCCACUGUAAGCGCAUUCUUGUUUAAUCUUCAUCAGGAAUUAAAAUAGAAACUCACUACUUUUUGUAGAAUGUCCAGAUUUUUUUUCAUGAGUCUCCAGAUUUUCCUUUAUCAGGGGUUCGCGGGUCUGCAGUAGGUUUCCUCAAGACCCAUAUUUCUCUAAGUUUUAGUACUGGAGAAUACACUAUGUAUGCUUUAUGGGAUGACUUGAGAAUUUGAAAUUUGAAAGUCAUUCCAAUCCCUUAGAGAAACUUAUGAAAAAUUGUAUAAUUCAGUAAUGUUUUUGGACAACCAUCCUAAAGAAUGCGGUUGUCAGAAACACAAAUGUGUUUUUCUAUAAAAUAUAAUGUUUUCCUCAAACUGUUUUAGUUUUCAUCAGAAAUACAGCCUGCUACUUUUGGCAUGUUUUCAUUAAUAUUCAUUUGAUAAAUUUAUGGUACAGAUCAAUCGUGUUGUGAAGGGGUGAAAAAUUCCAAUAAACUAAGGCAGUUUGUGUCAGGCUUUUCUCCGCUUCCACUAUAAUUAAAUUUUCUUUCUCCCUUUUUUCUUCUCUUCUCUUUCUUCUUAGAAAAGCCUCAUGCUCUAGCUCAGCCUGAUAAAUUACUGGUAUAAUUUAUUAGUUUCUCAUUCCUCAAUUCUAUACUCAUCUAAUUUUUGUAUGUUAUUUUUGUUGCUUUUUUAUACACUCAGGAAAGUCACUGCUUUUUAGUAUUUUACUUGCUUGUAGCUUUGAUAUUGCACAAUUAUAACUUUUGCAUGUAGGUACCUUGAAAGGGCAACAGUUUACAUGAACCUGAAUCAUAUUAUUACAUAAAGAUUUUCCUCAGAAGAAUUAGUGCUUGCUUGUUGUUUCACAGGUACCCAUUUUAUGCCUCUCAAGUCCUUGGCAUCAAAAUAGAACCACUGAUCUGGCUUCGAUAUACAAUGUGGAUUCCUUUGUAUCCACUGGGCAUUUUAUCUGAAGGUAAGGCUUAUCAACACAUGUUGUCUUAAAAUGAGCUUGGAUGUUGCCAUGCAAUUUUACUGUUGUCUACCAGUUUUCCACCGUCACCUCCUUCAAUAACAAUUGAAGAUGUGGUUUGCAUUCCAUGAUUUUCAUGGGAAAGAACUAAACGUUUUGAUUGGACAUUAUUUGACCAUCCACUAGGCGUUGCACACAGGUAACUCAGAUUAGCAGAUUUUGAAGACGGGUCAGAUGUGCAGCUGAGUGGCUAAAACAAUAGAAUCAUUUUUAGCUUGCAUGCAGGCACUAAUCAUUCCUUCCUCACCCAUAUACCUUUCACUCAUGUACUGCUUGUGCACCUAAUUAUUUUCCUCUACAGGAAAAUAAUUAGGUGCGCUUUCCCUUGUCCUUCACUACACCAGCUUUGCAUGUUAUCUUGAAAUUCGCUUUCUGCACAUGCAUGCUUGAACUUCACUGAGGCCAUAAAGUAAUAUCAAGAAAAGCCAGGGAAGUGCUAAACAUCAAAACAACAUUUUGGCUAAUUGAGGGUUUAUUUGGCCUGAUAGUGAUCCAGAAAUGGCUCCUCUAUACUCGAAUGGUGAUGGCAUAAUUUCCAGGUGAUAAGGGUUGCCGUGUGGCUCAAAAAGUGUGGUUGUGUAUUACAAACGGGCUGGUCGUAAGGUGUGGUUAUACUAUUAAAUAUCACCAUUGGCAUUACUAAGAUCCAACUGAAUUUCUUUUACAACUGAACAGGUACUCUGAUAUGGCAGGCAAUUCCUUUGCUGGAUAAAUCUGAGAGGUUUUCUGUCAACCUGCCCAAUGUGCUUAACUUUGGUUUCAGUUUUUCAUGGUUCCUCAGGGUGUACCUUGUGUUUCUAGUUGCAGGUUAGUUGAGCACAAUCAUUCUUUGUCAGAGACAGAAUUAACUUAGCAAUUUCUGGUUAAACGUUCUUUCACCAAGAUGACUCUUAUCUUGCUUGAUUCAGAACUGGACUUUUUCAGAACAGAAACCAUAAUUUUUCAGAUUUUUCUAAAACCAUUUGUAGAAUGGAAUGUUUGAACUAUUAACUUUCCUUGUGUCUGCCUUAAAGAAGACUACAAAAUGUGGCAUUUUUUCUGCUGUUGCAGGAAACCAAACUGCCGGGCUGUCAUUAAGAGGUGGGGGCUGGGGAUUUCCCCUCGCUACUUUCAAAGGAAAAUAGAAGAAAAUAGAGUUAAAACAAAUCCCUAGCUGUUUGAUUCCCCACCUACUUGUUGUAUUUACUCAGCACCUUGAAAUCUUUGUGACAACCCUGCCAAAGAUAUAUAUAAUGCAUCAGUCAAUUCCAGCUGCACCCAAAUUUUGCAAAUUUAACACACACGCAGUUUCGAAUUCCUAUCUGAAUAUAACUAUGCAGAGGAUUUUACUGGAAAAAAACCAGGGGGUGGUUGGGGUUGGGCUGGGCACAGCUGGAAUUGACCGAUGCAUAAACAGGUUAGAGGGAUAAGGACUAAUAUAAACAAGCCUUCAGUAAAGCAUCCUGCACCAAGCCUCAUAAGGUGGAAUGCACCCUCCUGGCCACCACCACCUAUUCCAAAACCAAUAGAACUAUUCUUUCCCAGUCAAACACGGUAAAUUAUGUUACUCUUGAUUUUUCAAAUGUCAGAAUAAUUCAUAUUAAUUAAUUCCAAAUAUUUCCCAGAAGGAAUCUAAGUGAACAUAAGACAGUAAUGCCAAUUACUGCCAAAACAAAACAUCUUUAGUUCAAUAAUGAUAAAGUGAAAUAAUUUCCCCUUGUGAUUCUAAUGCUUUAAUACUGCACUUCUUAAGAACAUGAAUUCGACGUACACCAACAUUUACAAAUUUCUUACAUAUGACCCAAACAGACCAUGUAGGAAACAUACCAACAGGUUCCCUUCAGCAUUUUUUAAAGAUCUCUUUCGCAUGUUUUAAUUCAUUUUACUUGUUUCACUUCGUCACAAUUAUGGCUGAUGGAGGCAAAAACAUAACCAUUAGUUAAAUUUUUUACUUCGAGUUUGCAUCUUUGCAAAUAAUUUUAUGCCCCAUUAUGUACAUUUUUUUGGGAUUUGUUGUUUUUUGUUUUUCAGGAGGAUCGUACAUGAUGAAGCAUAUGUAUAUCCUGCGCCAACGACGCUGUGGAAAAACAAAAACAAAGACAAGAUAACUGAUGAAAUGCUAAUGUAGUGGUUCAAAUUUAUCCUUGGUUUAAAUCUAAUCUUCCUAUUGUUUUUGGGUAUGGUAAAAUGAUAAUGACUUUGAAACAAUGAAAAUAAAAUUUAAACCAAGGAUAAAACUGAACCACAACACAUUUGCGUGAGAAAUAAAUGUGAGAAUAACGCACCCAGUUCAGCCUCUCAAUCUGUCAGUUGCUGCUAGUAUUUGUUGGUUAUGGAACACUUUCUUUUAAGGUGGCUCGGCCCAGUUUUCAAUCCCUACUGAAUGUACAAUAUACUAUGCAGCUAAAAGUACACAUGGCACUUUCAAUAACAUCAUACUAUGCA